GUUGGUACCGGACUGACCAUUAGAGCCAAGGCUGGACUAUACCGUACUUUCCCUGUAAACUACGAAGCUCUUGACGAGUUCGAAGAAGCUAUCACCAGAUUGAACCCGGAGAUCGCUAUCAAGAUCAAGUCAGAGAUCGUCUCAGAUAUUCUUGCUACCUACAUUGAUCCUUUCCCCUCUUCCACAGAAUUGGUGAUCGACGCGGAUACACGUAUUCAGAUACUGGAUGAGAUUCCUCAUCUUGCUAGAGCACGGAAACAUCAGUAUGCAGCUUUUGUGAGAUCCGAAGGCGUUUUGGUCGUAUGGGCGGAUCAUGUGGAGAGUGUCAUACCUGCAGCAGAGGCAUUGGAGGAGGCUCUGAUUCAGUUCAUAUGGAGAGGCGAAGAGGAGAAUGAGAAGAUCUUGGCUGAUCUGCAUCGGGAAGAAAAAGAGAUGGCUCUAAUUUCUGGAGAAGAUGUGCCAACAGAGGAAACUGGAAUUGACCCUGAGGAUAUAGUGAUGAGGAGAUUAAAGAAGGAAUGGAAGGAGAGACCGGUCGUACUUCUUGCACCAUUGACGGACGGACUCGCAAUCAUCGUCACGAUGUCAUUGAUCGCCUUGGGUGCCCGUACUUUGGUUAAGGAAUAUAUCCUUGAUGGACAAGCGGCUCGUUUUGCCUUGCUGGUCUUCGCUUUACCCCUUUUCUGCAUCUCAUCUUUUGCAUGUAACUGCUUAGUUGGCUCUAUCAUGCAAACCCUCGGUCCUGUCCGUCAAGUUCAUCAGAAAUCACGUUACUUCUCCGGCAUCGCUCCCAAACGAACCAUGGGUGAACUUGCCCAUGUCACUGUCCAAUUACCCGUUUACAAAGAAUCUCUCGAAGACGUUAUCAUGCCCACUGUCGAAUCGCUCAAAAAGGCGGUCACGACAUACGAACGUCAAGGAGGAUCCGUCUCUAUCCUAGUAUGUGACGAUGGUCUUCAACUGUUACCACAAAAAGAAGCCGAACGUCGACGACGAUAUUACUUUGAUAAUAAUAUCGCAUAUGUCGCUCGACCAGGACAUAACGUUAAUGGGUUCAUUCGAAAAGGUCGAUUUAAAAAAGCGGGUAAUAUGAAUUUCGCUAAUGCUUUAUCACUCCGUGUGGAGGAGAUAAUGGAUGAUUUACGACCCGAUGCUCAAACUGCUAAAUCAAUGAGGGAUCCUGAACAAUUUUGGAACGAUGUGGAUGAAAAUGGGGUAUAUGAAACGGCUUUAAAACAAGCUUUAGAUGAAUCGAAUGGGAAAGCUUGGGCAGCUGGGAAUAUAAGGAUAGGUAGUACUUUACUCAUCAUUGAUUCGGAUACAAGAGUACCUGAAGAUUGUUUUGCGGAUGCUGUGAGUGAAAUGGCGGAAAGUCCUGAUGUGGCCAUUAUUCAACAUAUGAGUGGAGUGAUGCAAGUGGCACAUCAUUUCUUCGAAAAUGGAGUUGCACAUUUUACGAAGGGUAUACAACAUGCUAUUUCGUAUGUUUGCGCGAGUGGGGAGGUCGCUCCAUUCGUAGGUCACAACGCUUUCCUUCGUUGGUCAGCACUUCAAGAAUGCAUGUUCGUCGAUCCAGACGAUGGUGUGAAGAAGAUCUGGUCGGAAGAUCAUGUCUCGGAAGACUUUCAAAUUGCCGUCACUCUUCAGAUCAAGGGGUAUGUGGUUAGAUGGGCUACCUAUAGCAAGGGAGAUUUUCAAGAAGGUGUCAGUUUGACUUGUGAUGAUGAGAUGAAUCGCUGGCAAAAAUAUGCAUAUGGAUGUUCUGAACUCCUUUUCCACCCUCUCCAACAAGUCCUCCGUAAAGGUCCUAUCACACCUCUCUUCCAUCAAUUCAUGUGGUCCAACAUCCCCAUUCAUUCGAAAUUCACCAUCUCCGCAUAUAUGUUUUCUUAUUGGGCUAUAUCGUGCGCUUGGAUACUGUCAGUGGGUAAUUACGCUAUAAUGGGAUUUGAUCUUCCCGUGGACGCUUAUUAUUUACCUUCUUGGCAAGUCACCUUCGUUUGUAUUAUCUUAUUCGUGGGAUUGUGUAAUGUGGCUUUUAUCACUUUACGAUAUCGACUCAAGUUACCUGAUUGUUCGACCGACGCGAUCAAUCAGAUCAAAUGGAUUCCAUUCUUCGCAAUAUUCUUCACAGGGAUGUCGAUGCCUAUGAGCUUCGCCCUCGUUUCCCAUGCGAUAGGCUACAACAUGACUUGGUCGACGACUGUUAAAAGUGUCGAAAAGAGUAAUUUCUUUUUACAAUUGCCUUUGAUUUGGAAACGGUUUUGGCCACAGUUGGUAUUCUUCACUAUCGUCAUUGUCGGAGUCAUCAUCACAUCCACUUCUGUCGUCCCACCUGGAUACCGAGUUGGUUCUUUGGAAGUAUGGAUUCCUAUAAGUCUUAUAGCUGGUUCUCAUAUCCUCUGGCCAUUUGUGUUGAACCCUUGGUUCUUAUCUUUCUCU